AGGUGCAUUCCCCCCGCCGCGCCCGGGCACGCCGCAGCCGCCGGGCGCCGCUCGGAGAGGCGCCGAGGAUGCCCCGGUCCCGGUUCCGGCCCCGCGCGUUGCUCUGUGCGGUUCUCCUAUUGCUGCUCCACAGCCCCGCGCCCGGCUCCGGUCAGGCAGUGUGUGCAGGGACGCUGAACGGGCUGAGCGUGACGGGCGAUGCGCAGCACCAGUACCGAACGCUGCACAAAAUGUACAACAACUGCGAGAUCGUGAUGGGCAACCUGGAGAUCGUCCUCAUCGACCACACCCAGGACCUCUCCUUCCUGCAGACCAUCCGGGAGGUGACGGGUUACAUCCUCAUCGCCAUGAACGUCUUCUCCACGCUGCCCCUGCGCAACCUGCGCGUCAUCCGCGGCACGCAGUUCUACGAGGAGAAAUACGCGCUCUUCGUGCUGCUCAACUACAACCCCAACGCCACCCACGCGCUGCGCCAGCUCGGCCUCAACCGCCUCACAGAGAUCCUGGCGGGCGGUGUUUACAUAGAGAAGAAUGAGCAGCUGUGCCACGUGGACACCGUGGAGUGGAGGGACAUUAUGAGGGACCCCCGGCUGGAGCCCGUGGUGGGGGACAACGGCAGAGCGUGCGCCCCAUGCCACGAGAGCUGCGGAGGGCACUGUUGGGGGCCGGGCCCCGAGGACUGCCAGCAGUUGACGAAGACCAUCUGUGCACCGCAGUGCAACGGGCGCUGCUUCGGGCGGGCGCCCAAUGAGUGCUGCCAUGAGGAGUGUGCGGGGGGGUGCACCGGUCCCCUCCAGACCCACUGCUUCGCGUGCCGACACUUCAAUGACAGCGGUGCGUGCGUCCCGCUGUGCCCGCAGCCCCUCAUCUACAACAAGCUGACCUUCCAGCUGGAGCCCAACCCCGACACCAAGUACCAGUAUGGCAGCGUCUGCGUGCGGAGCUGCCCCCAUAACUUCGUGGUGGAUCAGAGCUCGUGCGUGCGCGCCUGCCCCAGCAAUAAGAUGGAGGUGGAGAAGAAUGGGCUGAAGAUGUGCGAGCCGUGCGCCGGGCUGUGCCCCAAAGCCUGUGAGGGCACCGGCGCCGGCAGCCAUUACCAAACAGUGGACUCCAGCAACAUCGACAGCUUUGUGAACUGCACCAAGAUCCUGGGCAACCUGGACUUCCUCAUCACCGGCCUGGAGGGGGACCCCUGGCGCAACAUCUCAGCGCUGGACCCCGAGAAGCUGAAUGUGUUCCGCACAGUGCGGGAGAUCACAGGGUAUCUCAACAUCCAGUCCUGGCCAAAGCAUAUGCACAACUUCAGCGUCUUCUCCAACCUGGAGACCAUUGGGGGACGGAGCCUCUACAACCGGGGUUUCUCCCUUCUCAUCAUGAAGAACGACAACGUGACAUCGCUGGGGCUGCGUUCGCUGCGGGAGGUGAGUGCGGGCCGGGUUUACAUCACCGAGAACCGCCGUCUGUGUUACCUGCACACGGUGCAGUGGGCGGCGCUGUCCCGGCGCCGGGCCGACCUCGACAUCCGCAACAACAAACCACGUGGCAAAUGCCAGCAAGAGGGGAAGGUGUGCGACCCGCUGUGCUCUGCUGAUGGCUGCUGGGGACCCGGCCCUGCGCAGUGCCUGUCCUGCAGACACUACAGCCGCCGUGGGGUCUGCGUGGAGUCCUGCAGCUUCACCCAGGGUGAGACGCGGGAGUUCGCCGAAGGGACCGAAUGCUUCGAGUGCCACCCGGAGUGUGAGCGCGUGGAGGGCGGCAUCACCUGCAACGGCUCAGGCGCUGACACCUGCACCCGUUGUGCCCAUUACCGUGAUGGACCCCACUGCGUGGAGCGCUGCCCCGAAGGCAUCCUGGGCGAGCGCGGCCCCAUCUACAAAUACCCGGACAGCAGCAGGGAGUGCCGGCCCUGCCAUGAGAACUGCACCCGUGGGUGCACAGGGCCACUGCUGCAGGACUGCCUGGGGGAUGCACUGCCCAGUGCCAGGAGAGCCCCCACAGUGAUCGCAGUGCUGGUGGUCGGAGGGCUCUUCCUCUCCUGCUCCUGCGUCCUGCUCUCCCUGCUCUAUUGGCGUGGCAAGAAGAUCCAGAAGAAGCGGGCGAUGCGGCGCUACCUGGAGAGGGGAGAGAGCCUGGAGCCGCUGGAUCCCAGCGAGAAGGCCAACAAGGUGCUGGCUCGCAUCUUCAAGGAGACGGAGCUGAAGAGGCUGAAGGUGUUGGGCUCGGGCGUGUUUGGCACCGUGCACAAGGGCAUCUGGAUCCCGGAUGGUGACUCCAUCAAGAUCCCAGUGAGCAUCAAGGUGAUCCAGGACUGGAGCGGGCAGCAGUCCUUCCACGCCGUCACCGACCACAUGUUGGCCAUUGGCAGCCUGGACCACGCUUACAUCGUACGGCUGCUGGGCAUCUGCCCCGGCCCUCAGCUGCAGUUGGUGACGCAGCUGCUGCCGCUGGGCUCCCUGCUCGACUACGUGCGCAAAAACCGAGGCAGCAUCAGCCCUCAGCUGCUGCUCAACUGGUGUGUGCAGGUGGCCAAGGGGAUGUAUUACCUGGAGGAGCACCGCAUGGUGCACCGCAACCUGGCGGCGCGCAACGUGCUGCUCAAGUCUCCCAGCCAGGCUCAGGUGGCCGACUUUGGCAUUGCUGAUCUGCUCUACCCCGACGACAAGAAGUACUUCUACAACGAGGUCAAGACGCCCAUUAAGUGGAUGGCGCUGGAAAGCAUUCAUUUCGGGAAGUACACGCACCAGAGCGACGUGUGGAGCUACGGAGUGACACUGUGGGAGAUGAUGACCUUUGGGGCUGAGCCAUACGCCGGGAUCCGCUUGCCGGAGGUGCCCGACCUGCUGGAGAAGGGCGAGCGGCUCCCGCAGCCCCACAUCUGCACCAUCGACGUCUACAUGGUGAUGGUGAAAUGCUGGAUGAUUGAUGAGAACAUCCGCCCCACCUUCAAGGAGUUGGCCAACGAGUUCACCCGCAUGGCGCGUGACCCCCCCCGCUACCUGGUCAUCAAGGAGAGUGGGGCCGUGCCGCCUGCCGAGCCCCCCACCCUGAGCGACAAGGAGCUGGAUGAGAUGGAGACGCUGGAGCUGGAGGAGGAGGAGCUGGAUGUGUCCUUUGGCCUCUGUCCCCCCCGGCCACGGGGCAGCUGCACCCGGAGUCCCAGCCUGCUGAGCCCUCCAGCUGGAUACAUCCCCAUGAACCAGCCCGGCCUCGGCAGCCGCCAGGGCACUGGGACGCGUCCACCGCGCCGCAGCCGCCAGGAAUCUGUGGGGCGGACGGUGUCGGAGUCAUCAGAGGGUCGGGGCACGGCCUCAGAGCUGGACCUGGCUGAGGGGCUGUCGCUGUCGGGCAGCCUCUGCCGCAGCCUGCGCUCACGGGGGGACAGUGCAUACCUGUCCCAGAGGGAGAGCUUCCCCCCCCCGCCCCCCAGCUCCGAGGGCAGUGAGGAGGACGCCAAUGGCUACGUCACACCCAGCUGCGCCGGAAGGGAACCAGAGCCCACGGGAGGCUCAGUACCGGAGCUGGAGGAGGAGUACGAGUACAUGAACCGGCAGCCUGGGGCCCCCCUGCAAGCCCCCCCACCGCGGCCAGCCUCGCUGGAGGAGCUGGGCUACGAAUACAUGGAGGUGGGCUCAGAGCUGGGCAGCCCCGCAGGGCCCCCCCAGAGCCGUGGGGAGGAGGAGGAGGACUACGAGUACAUGAACAAGCAGCCGCGGCUGAGCCGCUCGCUGGGCAACGUGGUGGGGGGGCUGGGACCCCGGCAUGAGAGCUGCCCCCCCCGACAUGACGGCUACACCGACAUGCGGCCUGGGGAACCCACCCCGGCCCCACCUGAGGAGCAGGGCUAUGAGGAGAUGGAGGCGGUGCUGGCUCCCCGUGGUCCUCCCUGCCCCGGCUGCCGCAGCCCCCCCGGACCCCCCCCGACCUGCAUGAAGCCCCUUCGCAGCCUGGAAGCCUCGGACUGUGCCUUCGACAACCCCGACUACUGGCACAGCCGCCUCUUUGCUAAGGUGGACGCCCAGCGGACGUAGGGACCCCGUGCCCCCCCCAGGCUGUUUACACUGGAUAUGAAGGAUCAUCCCCCCCACACUGGUGCUGGAUGGAGGGCACGAGACAAAACUCCAUGGGGGACAUGAAGAAUGGGAUUGGGGGCGGCCCUGCCUGGGGUGUGGGGCUGAUCCCGAACCCCUCAGGCCUCAUUGGGAAGGGGGGCUUGGACCCCUCUCCUGUCCACUGCCAUGCCCCAGGGGUGAUCCCAGCACUCCCCCUCCCUGCGGUGCUCCCCGUGUGCAGGACUGCGGCAGCAGGCCCUGGCUGGGGUUGGGGUCCCUGCUUUUGGGCUGGGGCGGGGGGUCUACCUGUGGGGUUGGGGUCCUCCCAGCUGCUGUGGGUGGAAGGCCCUGCAUUUCUUUGCUUCCUGCAGGGGGUGGACUGGGGGUAACCUCUGACUGCAGGCUGGGCAGUGUGCCCACGCUGCGUGGCUACCCCAGCCCUGCUGAGAGGCUCUGUGGGUCAGGGCUGGGCCGUGCCCAUGGGCCCUACAGAGGCCCUUUCACUGCACUCGGGGCAUCUCUCCACUCCCAGGGAGGGAGUUGGUUCUCGUUUGUAAACGUGGAAUAAAUACAUUUGGAAU